AUGGGCAAUAGCACAUCUUCUACAAGAAAGUCUGCCGCCGUAAACCGGCAUGCGGGCCCGUUCCGCAAAUCGUACCAGUCCCAAAGCAACCACCAAAAUUUGGAGGAAGAAUUCAGUGACUUGAUUUUGCACGAAGUCAAACGGCAGAAGCAGGAAAAGGCUUCUGAGAGUCCCGAAACCCCGCAACUGGCAAAUGCGCCUACUACCAACAAGGAUGAGUUCAACGAGUUGAGCCACAAAAUCUUAGAGAACGAGGAGCUCCUGCGGAAUAUCUUGCCAGUCACAGGAUCUGACGAUGACAACGCAAUGCAAGUCGAUAGUUAUGAUGCUGCUGGCAGCAUCUCAUCCUUGGAAAACGAGGAUAUCUCCAAGGUGGAUUUCACCCAUAUUUCGCUGCCCGCGUCGGCACGUCAGCCCCCCAACUCUUCUGCAGUAUAUGUGGGUAGUAAUGGGCACGCCAGCAACUCGUUUGUUAGCAAGGUGAAAGAGACACUGGGUGGCUUGGUGCCUGUGAGAAUCAAGUGGGUCAAUCAGACGCGGGAAACCAUCACCAAGGUCUCGAUCAUUGGAUCCUUUUCCAAGUGGAGAGACGUCAUUAAGCUCAAGCAGUCGCAAACCAACCCGAAUGAGUACCAUACCACGAUCAAGUUGCCACUAGGUGUCCACAAAUUGCUUUAUGUUGUGAACAACGAGUAUAGGGUGCUGGAGUGGUUACCUACGGCGACCGAUCAGGAGGGCAUUUUCUUCAACUGGUUUGAAGUCUUGGACCCACAGCACUUAUUCAACAACACAAGCAACCAAACCAAACUCAGCUCGACGGACGAGGUCAACAUUGUGCAAACAGCCGGUGAACACAACGCGACGCAGAUCCAGAAAAAGUCCAACAGCUUCCUCAUAAAGAUGUCAAAAAAGGAGAAGGAAACACAACACGAGCACGUGGAAUACCUGCAGCCCCAGGCCCCCAACGAUUGUGCCUACAUGGCCUCUGAAGAAUCAUUGCAGGCGCCGUCUCACGAACCUUCCUACCUGUCGCUACUCGAUAACCCUGAGUACAGUAAGAAAACAAUCACGUACUCCUCCGAAGUACCAGAAAUGCUUGUUGACUACAAUUACUUCAAAAAGAAGUCGCCGGAUUACGAGCUUCCUGAGCCGCCCCAACUCCCAGCCCACUUGAACAACGUGCUAUUAAACAAGAUGUCCGGGCAGCAUCAGCCUCCCCUACCACCACCACUGUCACUCACGAUCCCCCAGAUAGGUGGAGACCCUACAUUCGCAAAACGGCCACCAUUGCGUCGUGCAGACAGCUCCUACUACGCGUCGAACAAAGAAGCGUACCACAGGUCGAUCCCGAAUCACGUGAUCCUCAAUCAUUUGAUGACCACUUCCAUCAGGAAUGAUGUUCUCACCGUAGCGUGCAUCACAAGAUACUCCGGAAAAUUUGUUACUCAGAUCAUGCAUUCCCCUGCAGACACGGGCCUGGAUGGCUAG